CAUAUGCAGUGAAAGCCUAUUCAUGACCAGCUAAUGGGGUCCAACAACUGGUUGGUCUGGCUUGUCCCUCUGCUGUGAUGUCAUCCAACAGAUGAGAGCGUCUGGCUGCUGUGCUGCGCAUGUAUGCAGUCCGCUGCCAAAGCGCAUCACCGUGAGACGCACUUUACAGGUUUCCAGGUUAGACGGAGUAGAAACAGAACAUCAAAGAAGGGAGAUUUACCGAAAUCAAACCGAUCUCCUCAGCAUCCAACCGAGAUGACAGCAUAAACAGGGCGGCACGCUGUUCAAAGACAUCCAACACCGCAGCCUCUUUGUUGACAAGGGCCUGGACAUGAAUUCGGCGGAACAGACGGUGACAUGGUUGAUCACGCUCGGGGUGCUGGAAUCACCGAAGAAGACCAUUUCAGAUCCUGAAGCUUUCCUGCAGAGCUCCCUGAAGGAUGGCGUGGUCCUGUGCAGAUUGCUGGAGCGGCUCAGCCCGGGCUCCACGGAGAAAAUUUACCCAGAACCGAAGAAUGACGGCGAGUGCCUGAGCAACAUAAAGGAGUUUCUCAAGGGCUGCACAUCAUUCCGCGUCGAGCCGUUCGAGGCCAGUGACCUGCUCCUGGGCCUGAACUUCUCCAAGGUGCUGAGCAGUCUGGUUACGCUCAAUAAAGUGACUGCAGAUAUUGGUGUUGGCAGUGAUUCGGUGUGCGCCCGCCACUCUUCCGCCCACCGCAUCAAGUCAUUUGAGUCACUAUCCUGUCAGGCUUCACUGGGCCGAUCCUCCAAGCUGCUGCAGAACCAGUUUAGAAGUCUGGACAUGUCAGAAAACAGCAGCCAGCAGCUGCUGGUGAGGGCUCGGUUCAACUUCCAGCAGACCAAUGAGGAUGAGCUCACCUUUAAUAAGGGUGACAUCAUCAACGUGACUCGUCAGGAGGAGGGAGGCUGGUGGGAAGGGUCGCUCAGUGGGAGGACCGGGUGGUUUCCUAGCAACUAUGUGAAAGAAAUCAAGGGUUCUGAUAAGCAAGUGUCCCCCAAGUCUGGCACCCUGAAGAGCCCACCUAAAGGCUUCGACACAUCUGUAAUCAGCAAGACCUACUAUAACUUGGUUUUACAAAAUAUUUUAGAAACUGAGACAGAAUUUUCCAAAGACCUCCAGAGCCUCCUCACAAACUACCUGCGGCCUCUUCAGAACAUCGAGAAAGUGAGCAGCUCAGACGUGGCCCUGAUCCUGGGGAACCUUGAGGAGAUCAGCACCUUCCAGCAGAUGUUGGUCCAAUCCCUGGAGGACAGCACCAAGCUUCCAGAAAGCCAGCAAAGAAUAGGCAGCUUCUUCCUGAACCUCAUGCCACAGAUGAAGGCUCUCUAUGUUGGUUAUUGCUCCAACCAUCCCUCUGCAGUGAAUGUGCUCACCCAACACCGCGAUGCCCUGGGGGAGUUCAUGGAGGGACGCGGUGCCGUCAGUCCUGGGAUCCUUCCCCUGACCACGGGCCUCAGUAAACCCUUUAUGAGACUGGACAAAUACCCCACCUUACUCAAAGAGCUGGAGAGACAUAUGGAGGAGAGUCAUCCUGACAGACCAGACAUUCUGAAGUGCAUGGUGGCUUUUAGAAAUCUGUCUGCUCAGUGUCAGGAGGUGAGGAAACGAAAGGAGCUGGAGCUGCAGAUUCUUACUGAGAACAUCCGUCUGUGGGAGGGGGACGACAUCAAGACCCUGGGCUCUGUGAUCUACAUGAGCCAGGUCUUAGUCCAGAGCCCCAUGUCAGAGGACAAGAAUGAACGCUACCUGAUGCUUUUCCCUCACAUCCUUCUUAUGUUGUCUGCUAGUCCCAGGAUGAGUGGCUUCAUAUUCCAGGGAAAACUGCCUUUGGCUGCCAUGAUGGUGACCAAACUAGAAGACUGUGAAGCCCAUAAAAAUGCUUUUGAGCUCAACGGUACGAUGUUUGACCGUCUUCAGGUGAUUUGCUCGAACCAGCAGGACCUGCAGGACUGGGUGGAACACCUGACGAGACAGAUCAAACACACCGCUGCCACGGCGCCCAGCCACAAACCGCUCACCGUUCCCUGCCACACGCUUCCAUCUCACCCUUUCACUCCAUCGCGACAUGCUGAGGGAAGGUCCAUGACAGUAGCACCCACCUACCACACCUUACCCCACCCAUCCUCUUACGGGACAUCCCACAGCAUUCUGAUGUGGGGCCCACUGGAACCACCCAACACGCCCAAACCCUGGAGCCUGAGCUGCCUGCGACCUGCACCGCCACUACGCCCGUCUGCUGCUCUCUGCUACAAAGAGGAUCUUAGUAAAAGUCCUAAGAGUGUGAAGAAACUCCUUCCUAAACGCAAACCGGAGCGGAAACAGUCUGAGGAGGAAUUUGCCUUGAGGAAAAGUACAGCUGCUCUGGAGGAGGAUGCUCAGAUCCUGAAAGUGAUUGAAGCUUACUGCACCAGCGCCAAAACCAGGCAGACUCUUAACUCGACCUGGCAGGGCACCGACCUGAUGCACAACCACGUGCUAGCAGACUCAGACCAGUCCUGUGUGGACUCGUCGGGCCGCCGUAGCAGCGUUUCUCGACCGGAGCUGAGCUCCGACCUGUCGGAGGACUCAGACUACGACUCCAUCUGGACCACCCACAGUUACAGAAUGGGAUCGGUACCACGCAAGAGCUGCAUCUCUCACCAGAACUAAAGAACGUGCAGCGCCACCUUGCUGUGGUUUAAUGUAACGUAGAGUGCGCUUACCUCUUUUACUUUAGAUGUAUUAAAGAAGUAGUUUUUUUACAUUAUUUAUUUUUAUUAUACUUGUUUAUUUUUUGUUAACUUAUUUAAUUUAUUCUUUUUCAACAGCUUGUUUGACGAUGUUUUAAACAUUUCCCUGUUGCCUUUGCCUCUUUCCCUUUUAUGUGCCUCCUCUCUUUCUGUAGUUGUCAUGCAGUAAGUGUUAGCUGAUUAUUGUUCAUUUCUCAUGAAUGUGGCCACUCUCCUUGUUUAACUGGAAAUGUGCUGGAGUCUUGGUGGAGAGAACAGGGAUUUUGGAGGGGAAGGAUGGAUGGGGUCGAAUCUUUUUCCUGUCUGAUAUUCAGAUGCAUUUCAGCAACAAGCAUAUUGAGUUCACCUAAUUCUGUUCAGUGUGUUUUUAAGGGUACGGAUGCUCAAACAGCACAAAUGCUACACAAGCAUGCACAAGCAGGUUCAGGAACAUACCGCCCCCUGCUGUCAGGAACAUAAAUCAGCAUGCCAAAACUAGAUCUCAGCAUAGCUUUUUUUUUCUGUUUGCAUAAAUAGAUGUUUUACUUAUAGACAUCAAAUUGUAGAUGCCCCAUUGGGCACUGGAGAGUGUAAUAGCGUCGCCGCCAUAUUGGAUGGGUGUCCUCACCCUCCAAAGUCGAUGCAGAGUAAGCGACUAUGCCUGUUUUUGUGCAGCUUGCGGUUGCAACAAUUGGCGUACUAUUGAAAACAGAUCACAUAGGAUUACUAUUGACUUUACUAGCCUGCCUGAUGGAUUUUUAUUUAUUUUGUUUAAAGAGCAAGUCACCCCCUACCAGAGUCUUACUCAACUUCCAUUCCCUGUUUGAAAAAUGCAACAAAUGCUGUUGCCUGGCAGACCGAGAGGGUGGAGCUGCUAACAAAUACACACACACAGGCUCAGCAUGACAUUGUGACAUCAUAAUGUACCAACUAACGUCAUAGUGUACCUCUUAGCCAGUAGCGAUGGCAGAUUUGAAUUCAAAUGCAGUGCAGAGAUUUUACCUGAAGACAGCGCAACACUGACAGUUUUAUCUUAGGUGUGUUCUUGCUGUGUCGUGGUUCUAAUUCCAUGCCGUCGUUCUUCUUUUAAAACACAGAAACAGUUUUGUUACCUGUUUUGUCACUACGUUUCGUCUGCGGCUGCAGACUUCCUCAGGCUGACGCUGAUGGUAGCGUCACUUCCUUCUCCAUUUAUAUGAAAAAACACAACAUAAACACACCAACAAAACCAUACACAACAGUUAGAAACAGACUAGUGCACCCAAAAGACAAAAUAUCAGCUGGACUUAAAUGUGGAGUCAUUUACAAAAUCCCAUGCAAGCUUUGCAAUAAAACCAUCGACAUUAAUAUUAUGGACAUCUACUUUCCAUAGGCUCCAAUAUCACUUUUUUGAGGCCAAAUGGGAGGUGACCACCACCGCCAUUUUGACCGUGUCACAGGUUCCGUCAAGCCCAGCCAAUUCCAUAAAAGGGAAGAGAGGAGGAGCUGAGGGUGGGGCUGUAAGGCUGGGAUCGACUGACGACACCAGGUCGAACUAGCUACAAGCUAACCUGAAGCUAACCCAAAGCUAAUGCGGAGGUGGGAGCUAAGCUAAUGGAGGUAGCAACCUAGCUACAACCAGAGUUAACUGUGCACAUCACCAGAGCUUCUGAGUCAGAGAUAUGCCGGGCUGACCGCUGGGUAAAACCGGGUGGAACACAGAGGUCUCCGAGACCUCCACAAGCCGGCAGCCGCACAGCACACAGAAGCCGCGAUCAGACAGAUACGUCGAGCUGCUGGGAGAACCAGCCGUCAGCCCGCCGCAGCAAACAGAAGCCGCGAUCAGACAGAGAUGCGCCAAGCUGCGGGGAGAAGUGGCGUAUUUUGGCGGUUCUGGCUUGCCAUAAGAACCAGCCAUCAGCCCGCCGCAGCACACAGAAGCCGCGAUCAGACAGAUGCGCCGAGCUGCUGGGAGAACCAGCCGUCAGCCCGCGUAGCUAACAGGAGCCGCGAUCAGACAGAGAUGGACCGUGCUGCGGGGAGAAACAGCCGGCAUUCCGGGUGGAAAACAUCGGUCUCCCGAGAGCUCCACAAGCCGAUAUUCGGGACCCAGCUCACCAACAUGUUAUAUUUCAACCCAUUUUCUAAAGUGCAGCAUUAUGUUAAAUGCACUGGGUUUUACCUUAUUACAUUUAAAUUUCAUGAUUAAACAGUACAUGUUAAAAUCUAAGCUCAGCUCGGCAGUGACCUAAAAAAAAGAACGACAGCAUGGAACUGACAGUUUUAGGGAGAAUAUUUAAAUUUUAACUAAGAUGCACUAAAGUGCCAGAUUAUUGACUACAUGUGUCUACAGCAUGAUUAGACAUUUAUAUAGUUCAUCAGCAAAAAACAGUUGAUUUGGGGGUGACUUGCUCUUUAAUCAUAUUUACAUUUUAAUUAUCAUGCCAUACCAUCUGUCUGAAUUUGAAGAAAAAACUUGAUAAAAUGUGUUUUUUGUUGGGUAAGCACCUUUAUCAGUAGAAAUGAAUGCACUGGGGGCAAAUGGAGACCCAUCUAAAAUGGCGGCUGACCACUACGGCAGCUCCAAUAGGCAGUGCCAGUCCUCGGGGUGUCUACGUAUACAGGUCCUUUUAAAAAAAACAGCAUAUUGUGAUAAAGUUCAUUAUUGUCUGUAAUGUACUGAUAAACAUUAGACUUUCAUAUAUAUUAGAUUCAUUACACACAACUGAAGUAGUUCAAGCCUUUUAUUGUUUCUAAAAUCGAUGAUUUUUGUAUACAGCUCAUGAAAACCCAAAUUUCCUAUCUAAAAAAAAGCAUGUUUCAUCCAAACAAUAAAAGAAAAGUGUUUUUAUUACAAUAAAGGCAACCUUCAAAUAAUUAUGUUCAGUUAUGCACUCAAUACUUGGUCAGGAAUCCUUUUGCAGAAAUGACUGCUUCAAUGCGGCGUGGCAUGGAGAAAAUCAGCCUGUGGCACUGCUGAGGUGUUAUGGAGGCCCAGGAUGCUUUGAUAGCGGUCUUAAGCUCAUCCAGAGUGUUGGGUCUUGCAUCUCUCAACUUUCUCUUCACAAUAUCCCACAGAUUCUCUACGGGGUUCAGGUCAGGAGAGUUGGCAGGCCAAUUGAGCACAGUAAUACCAUGGCCAGUAAACCAUUCACCAGUGGUUUUGGCACUGUGAGCAGGUGCCAGGUCGUGCUGAAAAAUGAAAUCUUCAUCUCCAUAAAGCUUUUCAGCAGAUGGAAGCAUGCAGUGCUCCAAAAUCUCCUGAUGGCUAGCUGCAUUGACCCUGCCCUUGAUAAAACACAGUGGACCAACAGCAGCAGCUGACAUGGCACCCCAGACCAUCACUGACUGUGGGUACUUGACACUGGACUUCAGGCAUUUUGGCAUUUCCCUCUGCCCAGUCUUCCUCCAGACUCUGGCACCUUGAUUUCUGAAUGACAUGCAACAUUUGCUUUCAUCCGAAAAAAGUACUUUGGACCACUGAGCAACAGUCCAGUGCUGCUUCUCUGUAGCCCAGGUCAGGCGCUUCUGCCGCUGUUUCUGGUUCAAAGUGGCUUGAUCGGGAGAAUGCGGCACCUGUAGCCCAUUUCCUGCACACGCCUGUACACGGUGGCUCUGGAUGUUUCUACUGCAGACUCAGUCCGUUGCUUCUGCAGGUCCCCCAAGGUCUGGAAUCGGUCCUUCUCCACAAUCUUCCUCAGGGUCGGGUCACCUCUUCUCAUUGUGCAGCGUUUUCUGCCACACUUUUUCCUUCCCACAGACUUCCCACUGAGGUGCCUUGAUACAGCACUCUGGGAACAGCUUAUUCGUUCAGAAAUUUCUUUCUGUGUCUUACCCUCUUGCUUGAGGGUGUCAAUGAUGGCCUUCUGGACAGCAGUCAGGUCAGCAGUCGUACCCAUGAUUGCAGAUUUGAGUAAUGAACCAGGCUGGGAGUUUUUAAAAGCCUCAGGAAUCUUUUGCAGGUGUUGAGGGUUAAUUAGUUGAUUCAGAUGAUUAGGUUAAUAGCUCAUUUAGAGAACCUUUUCAUGAGAUGCUAAUUUUUUGAGAUAAGAAUUUUGGGUUUUCAUGAGCUGUAUGCCAAAAUCAUCGAUAUUAGAAACGAUAAAAGGCUUGAACUACUUCAGUUGUGUGUAAUGAAUCUAAUAUAUAUAUGAAAGUCUAAUGUUCAUCAGUACAUUACAGACAAUAAUGAACUUUAUCACAAUACGCUAAUUCUUUGAGAAGGACCAGUAUAUGUCUGUGGUUUUACUCUUGUUGGGUCUAAAAAGAGGCAGCUGGUGAAUUUAAGAAAAUACCGGUCGGGAAAUUCAUCCUGUUCAUUGAUUUUUGUCAUUGUUGCAAAAACCAGUAUGACAUUUAGGUUGUGAUCGUAUGACUUGAAAUUAACUUUUUACACAACAUCCAGAUGAGUUGGGUUUUAUUUAAAUUUACUCUUUUAUAAUUCAGAUUAACUCACUGGAAAUAACUUCCCACUUUUGCCCUGUAUCCAUAAUUUACCAUAAAGGUAAAUUUCCUAAUUGUCUUUGUCAGAAGAGUUUAUUUAUACCUUAUUUUAAAUAAUUAAAUAAUUCAAAUUAACAUUAUAAUUCAAACCGACACAGUCACAGACCUUUAUUAUGAGUUGAAUUUGCCUUUAUUCAGUAAGUAUGAAACUAUAUGUUUUGCCUUAGUAUUUAUCAUGUCUAAAUAUCCUACUUUAUUUCUUGCCUGAGCGGGUAAUGAGUCUGUAUUUAAACGUGAAGAGAUCCAUUCUACCAUGACUUCACAGAGCUUGUGUUUAUUAUUCACAGUGAAAGCUGAUCUGGAUGUUGUCAUCGCCCUUAAAACUAAAGGUUUCUCCUAAAACAUGAAGCUGGAGGAGCAGGUGACUGCUGUUAGGAAAAUGUUAAACUACAGAGCAUAAAACCUUUUUAUCUUCUCAGGAAAGGCAUACCCGUAGACAUGAAUAUGUAGACGCCCCAUUCCGUGCUGGAGAGCGCAACAGCUUCGCCGCCAUAUUGGAUAGGUAUUGUCACUAUCCACUGCCAAUGCAGAGCUGGCAAAAAUGCUCGUUUUCAUGCAGCCUACUGUUGCAACAACUGGCAUACUAUCAAAACCAUGUCACAUGGGAAAACUGUUGACCUACCUGAUGGGAUUUGAUAUUUUAAUUUGUUUUGUUUAAUUAUGUUUAUAUUUUAAGAAUAUACCAUGUGUCUAAUUUUGUGAAAAAGCUUGAUUAAAUGUGUUUUUUAGUUAAGGGUAAGCACCUGCCUCAGUAGAAAUAAAUGUCCUAGAGGCGAAUGAAGACCCAUCUAAGAUGGCGGCCGUUUACUAUGGCAGUUCCAAUAGGCAGUGCCAGUCCACGGGGCGUCUAUGUUUAUAUGUCUGUGGGCACACCAGAGUGGGUUAGAGUCUGUACCUCCUCAGUGAUUCUACAGUUUAACAAAAAGACAGUAAAUAAUCUACAAUUUGGCCUAUAUAGUGCAAAGUUGACUCAAAAACAUCCACAAACAAUUAGCACCUACUCUAAAGCCUCGUCAGCUGCAGCCUGCCUUUAAUAGCUUGUGAGGUUCCCCUGUUUCUCUCGCAUUAAAACCUAUUUUUAUGAAGAAGUAUUUUUCCAGUAAUGGUAUAAAAAGUACAAGCUAACACCCUCUUACAGCGAGCAAAGUGAAUGACAGAUCAAAUAUUUAUGGGUCCAUGUUACAGUUGGUUUCCUGUAUUUAUAAUUCUGUACACAGUUGAUUUUUUAAUUAAAAUAAAUUUUAAUUUAAUUUAAAAUCCGUACAUCAGUGUUUACAAAAUGAUCACUGGAAUACUUUGUUCAGUUUACAGUAAAUUAUUAAAUCAAAUGUUUUGAUUAUUUUGCACAAUCGUGUAACAAGGAGGGGGCGAAUUCUGUGAAAUUCUGUAAUUUUUGGAGUCUGUAAGAUAUAUUCCUAAAGGUAGACUUCAGUAUUUGGUGUAAUUGUAAAGUGAAUGCUCAUUUGCAGUGUAAAUGCUCACCUCCAGUGUUUGGCUGCUGUUGAAGGUUUAAAAAAACAAACAAAAAAAAAACAAGUGAAAUGAAGGAAUUCUUCUGAGUGAAUUCAUCAUUCGACAUCAGAAGGCUGUUCAAAUGGACUUGAGUUAAAAAGAGCACAUGAUAAUCCGUUUCUGUAAAUAAUUGUUGUCUUAAAGCCAGAAAAACAAGUCAGCGUUCUGAGCGAAGAAUAUCACGGUCCUUAUAACAUGUGCUGAACUUUGUGACAGGUGUAUUCUGUGGUUUAACUCUGGGACACACAGGGUGGAAAAACAACAACAAACUAGCUAUCUUUAACCAACAGCGUCCUCUGUGUGCUCUAAAGCUGCGUUCAAGUCACACAUUUGACUGCGUCGUCUCUGCAGCCAGAGCCUAAAGUGUAUUUCUUCUACGCUGCUUAAGUCCCAAACUCUGUAUCCUAAGUUUUAAUAAAACACUCUGUUGGUAGA